AUCUUUCAUUCUUUCUUUGAUGCUCAGUUAAGACACAGACGACGACUCGAUUUGCUUCAUAGACGAGGAGAAGAAGAAGUUUGGGAGCUGCUGGGAGAAAAUGUCUAGAUCAUCCAUCACUGCGGCGAUCGCAAUCCUAGCUCUGUUUCUGAUAUCCUCCACCUUUGCCGAUGAUGUCGUCAUUUUGACCGAGGAGAACUUCGAGAAGGAGGUCGGUCAAGAUCGAGGUGCUCUCGUUGAGUUCUACGCCCCUUGGUGUGGACACUGUAAGAAGCUUGCUCCAGAAUAUGAGAAACUUGGUGCAAGUUUCAAGAAAUCAAAAUCUGUUUUAAUUGGAAAGGUUGACUGUGAUGAACAUAAAAGCGUGUGUAGCAAGUAUGGAGUUUCUGGAUACCCAACAAUACAAUGGUUCCCCAAGGGUUCUUUGGAGCCUAAAAAGUAUGAAGGUGCACGUACUGCUGAAACCCUAGUUGAGUUUGUGAACACGGAAGGAGGAACCAAUGUGAAGAUAGCUGCAAUCCCCUCCAAUGUUGUGGUGCUGACAUCUGAAACUUUUGAUGAGAUUGUCCUGAAUGAGAAGAAAGAUGUUUUGGUAGAGUUUUAUGCACCCUGGUGUGGCCAUUGCAAGAGCCUUGCACCUAUUUAUGAAAAGGUUGCCAGUGUAUUUAAGUUGGAAGAAGAUGUUGUAAUUGCCAACCUUGAUGCUGAUAACCACAAAGACCUUGCAGAGAAAUAUGGAGUAAGCGGGUACCCGACAUUGAAAUUCUUCCCCAAGGGUAACAAAGGUGGUGAAGAUUAUGAUGGUGGGCGUGACUUGGCAGACUUUGUAACUUUCAUCAAUGAGAAGUCUGGCACCAGUCGUGAUACUAACGGACAACUUACUGCCAAAGCUGGUACAAUGGAGACUUUAGAUGCUUUGGUGAAAGAAUUUGUAAGUGCUGGUGACGAUGAAAAGAAGGUUGUUUAUGCCAAGAUGGAGGAGGAAGUUGAAAAACUUACCGGUUCUGCUUCAAGACAUGGAAAAAUAUACUUGAAAGGUGCGAAGAACACUAUAGAAAAAGGUGGUGAUUAUCCCAAGAAAGAAAUCCAGCGGCUGGAGCGUAUGCUGAGCAAGGCAAUCAGUCCAUCAAAGUCUGAUGAAUUCACUCUAAAGAAGAACAUCUUAUCUACCUUUGCUUAAAACUGCCUGGUAUGAAAUGAAAUGGCAUUAUUAUUAUUAUUAUUAUUAUUAUUAUUAUUAUUAUUGUUAUAUGGACACAUUAUUGAUGAGGUUCUAUUAUCUUCACACACAAGUUUGUCUUCUGUUUGUAUUAUUAUUACUACCUUGUAGAGGGACCCCCUCCCCCUUUUUGCAGUGUUAACGGAUAAUUUUGGUUAUAAUCGAAAGGAAACAUUCAUU